CCUUUAUGAUCGCAACUUACAUAUACCCCCGAUGUUCAAAUUCGAGCACAAUCUCCCAAUCUCACCGAACUCGCCGCUCACAAUCAAGUAACGAAACCAGGCCUACUAGUUCGGAACUUCUCUUUAUAGACAUGCCAAAGUAGCUGUUUUUGGCCGGGUGAUGGAAGUUGGAGAGAGUAAGAGACUUGGGGCGUUCAAACGCCACUGGCGUCAUUGUCUAAUUGUCGCAGUAUCUUCCUUCUUUGACAGACGUACGGCUUUUCCCGAUAUCGUCUGUUUCUCGAUUGACUCGAAGAAUCACUCACUUGCGGUGUCUAAACUCGAGGUCGUCGGAGUCGUGAGCUUGGCGACGCCAUCUGUCACCCCGCCCUCACUGUUCUUUUCUGAUGCGUGCCUGUGUUUGACUAAUGGAUAUUUUAUGACCCAAAUCAUAUGAUGAGCGCUGAACCGUAGCCAUAGACUUGGAGAGGUCCAAGAGUACGGAUCGU